UUUUUUCAUGUCGCCUCAAACAAUAUUUAUUAUUCUGUAAUGCAAUCAUUUUUACAAUGAAUUAAAUGAGCCUGACCAGUUGCUGAAUGCACUCGAUCGCCAGGAUUUUCUUCAAGGUAUAAACAUUGGAUGUAUUCGACGCGAAAGCUCCAAGAGAUCAACUUGUGCCUAAGUGGAUAUAGCAUAGCGACCGAUUGGUGGAUGUGGUCAAAAAAUCACAUAUUGGAUGGAGCUGAAAGUAAUGGGCGCCGCAGAGGUGGCUGCACUACUGAUGGACAAGCUCGAGGUUGGACUGGGGGAUACUCUGCGGGAGAUGAGAAAAAACGGGCCACGGACGCGAUGCUUCAACAGCGCGGGCGAAGGUGACUUGUCCUCUUCCGGCCAAGCGCCAUCGAGGCAUCCUCAGUCUACCAUGCGACAGACAGGAAUAAUAGCAGAGGAAAGCCUUGCACCAAUGCACAUCUGGGAGCGAAUCGACGUCAGCUGUAUCGUUUUCCUGCUGCACGGCAUCCUGUUGGCUAGACGGAUGUCGAGUGUCGUCUACUUUCUUGUAUUCCGGCAGUUUGGCAGCAGCAAGUCGGGUGAAUUUGCGGCCUGGUGCGACUUCAACGACCGGAGGCCCAUGGCUGUGUCUAGGCAUGAGGAAAGAAAGAUGCUGAUGCAGGGAUUGCGCGACUCCGCUCGAGGGGGGAGGUGGAGAGUCUAUUUCGAAAUGAUCAAAUCGAGUUGCGGGCUGAGAGAGGAUGGUAGGGGCAAUGUAGUGGGGACAUCUAGAGGAUCACGAGGUUGGAUGUGACGAACAGGGACCGCAUUCGCGCGAGGGAAGCGAAGGAGUUUGCUGAGUCAAAGGAAAGAGAGUUGCUGGGAGUCAUCUGUAAGCGGAGGUCUCUGCACUGUAGGCAUGGCGUAUAUUGGUGGUUUGCGGUGCCCAGCUGGAGCACAACGAGUUGCAUCAGACUAGGCGAUGUUAGGGGUGAGUGGUGUCAUGAGAAGAUGAGACGCGCACAUGCGGCAGUAGAUGAUCGAGGU